CAGAGAAGAAAGCUGUAAGAGCUGCCUAUACACUUUUAGACAGCUUCCUACGUAUCACAAUAAUUUAGAGUGCAAUAUGACAGACAUGAAAAAGGUUGUACCUUUCUACUCUUCGUCAAGCGGUAAUACGGAGGAGUACAAGAUACUUUUAGAACCGAUCGAAUACAGUCGGCAAUGCAGUGAUGUACAUCCAUAUAGAAAAAUAUCGUCGAUUUUUAAUUAUUGGUUUAAAGUAUCACCCGAUAAAUUGCAACUGAUUGACGAAGUAAUGCAAAUGGCCUUUAGUGCAUGCAUCGUGUAAGUUAUUUUGUUGUAAAAUAUAACUGAAACUUAAAUACAAACCUUAUGUAUGAAA